AUGGACAAUAAAUCUUGCCUGGCCACAGGGGAAGAACCAGAGCUUCCAAUUCCAAUCUCUUUGAUAUCAGGCCGCUAUUUUCUAUUCUCGAUUGAUGCAGUAACAUAUCUACGUCGAGAACAUCAUAUCUGCGGCGUCCUGGUAGGGACUCUACCACAAGUACCACAACAAAAUGUAUUCCUAGGCCUGCCACUGGAGCUGAUGCCUGAGGAAGCUAGACUGUUGGUAGAGAAAGAAGUGGCUUAUGUGAUUGAUGAUACUCAAGCUCAUGCCCAGGGAGUUAGAAACUUGUCCGAGGAAAAUAAACGGCAAUAUCUCAAUGAACUAAACCAGAAUGGACGCCAGGUUUCUCUUUUUUUAGCGGGCAAAAAGGCAGAAAGGCGAGAAGUAGCGCUGAAAAAACAAAAGGCCAAAGAGGUAAAGAAGUCCAAGAAAAAGGCUGGAAGCGAGAAAACAGAAAUAGAAGAAGAAACUCCAUCACACGCCGAGCCAGAGGUCGAAAGUUAUGAUGAGCUUCUAUUCGCACCUCCUAAGAAACCUGCUGUGGAAGAAGUUGCUGCUGCGUCCAGGGUCUCCCUCGACGUUGGAGAACAUAUAUUAGAAGUCACUCCUGCUACAUCCCAUGGACUAUUACCCAGGACAGCACCCACGGUUCCUGCAUUUCUCCCAGAAGCCCCUCCAUCCUACCCACUAUUUGCUCACCUACAUUCACAGGGAUACUUUCUCUCCCCUGGGCUUCGUUUCGGUUGCCAGUAUAUGGCUUAUCCUGGCGACCCGUUAAGGUUUCACUCUCAUUUCCUAGUGUCCUCUAUCGAAUGGGAUGAAGAAUUUGAUCUUAUGGAUCUAGUUGCAGGGGGACGCCUGGGAACCGGCGUGAAGAAAGGGUAUCUUGUCGGAGGUUCUGAAGAGUCUGAUGUUGAUGGAAGGCCCAAACGGACGGUUAGAACAUUCAGUCUCGAAUGGGCCGGAAUGUAAUGAAGGCGCGCUCUA